AUGCCGACGGUGGACGACAUCCUAAAGCACAUCGGCGAAUUCAACUUUUUCCAGAAACAAACGUUUUUACUCCUCUGUCUGAUCUCGGUCACCUUCACCCCCAUCUACGUGGGCAUCGUCUUCCUGGGCUUCACCCCGGAUCACCGCUGCCGGAGCCCCGGGGUGGCGGAGCUGAGCCGGCGAUGCGGCUGGAGCCUGGCGGAGGAGCUCAACUACACGGUGCCGGGCCCGGGGCCGGAGGGCCAGUGCCUCCGCUACGCGGUGGACUGGAACCAGAGCGCCCUCGGCUGCCUGGACCCGCUGGCCGUCCUGGCCGCCAACGGCAGCCCCCUGCCCCUGGGCCCCUGCGAUCAGGGCUGGGUGUACGACACGCCCGGCUCCUCCAUCGUGACCGAGUUUAACCUAGUGUGUGCCAACUCCUGGAUGCUGGACCUGUUUCAGUCGGUGGUGAAUGUAGGAUUUUUUAUCGGUUCUCUGAGUAUCGGCUACAUAGCAGACAGGUUUGGCCGUAAGCCCUGCCUCUUGAUUACAAUCCUCAUAAACGCUUCGUCUGGAGUGCUCAUGGCCAUUGCCCCAAACUACACAUCGAUGCUAAUUUUUCGCUUGAUCCAAGGACUGGUCAGCAAGGCAGGCUGGUUAAUAGGCUACAUCCUGAUUACAGAAUUCGUUGGGCUGAACUACCGGAGGACAGUGGCGAUUUUCUACCAAGUGGCCUUCACGGUUGGACUCCUUGUGCUUGCUGGGGUGGCCUAUGCGCUUCCACACUGGAGGUGGCUUCAGUUCACCGUGACUCUGCCCAACUUCUGUUUCUUGCUCUAUUACUGGUGUGUACCCGAGUCUCCUCGAUGGCUGAUCUCCCAGAACAAAAAUGCUAAAGCCAUGAAGAUCAUUAAGCAUAUUGCCAAGAAAAAUGGAAAACCCUUGUCCGGAUCUCUUCAGAGCCUCAGACCGGACGAGGAAGCUGGUGAGAAGUUGAAUCCUUCAUUUCUUGACUUGGUCAGAACCCCUCAGAUAAGGAAACACACUUUGAUCUUGAUGUACAACUGGUUCACGAGCUCUGUCCUCUACCAGGGCCUCAUCAUGCACAUGGGCCUUGCUGGGAGCAACAUCUACCUGGACUUCUUCUAUUCUGCGCUGGUUGAGUUCCCAGCUGCCUUCAUCAUCAUCCUCACCAUUGACCGCAUAGGUCGCCGUUAUCCCUGGGCCACAUCAAAUAUGGUGGCGGGGGCAGCCUGUCUAGCCUCGGCCUUUAUCCCUGAGGAUCUAUACUGGCUAAGAGUCACGGCUGCUUGCCUGGGUAGGAUGGGGAUUACGGUGGCCUAUGAGAUGGUUUGUCUGGUCAACGCGGAGCUGUAUCCCACGUUCAUCAGGAACCUCGGGGUGCUCGUCUGCUCCUCCAUGUGUGACAUCGGGGGCAUCCUCACACCCUUCCUGGUCUACAGGCUCACCGACAUCUGGCAUGAGCUCCCCCUGGUGGUUUUCGCCAUGGUCGGCCUGAUUGCUGGAGGACUGGUGUUGUUGCUCCCAGAAACCAAAGGGAAGACUUUGCCUGAGACCAUUGAAGAAGUUGAGAACAUGCAGAGGUCAGGAAAAAGCAGAGACAAGAUGAGUUACAUUGAAGUCAAGAAACUAGACACUCCAUUGAAUUAA